UGCGAAGGGUUUAACACACGACGAAAGCUUAAGCAACUUUCGCAAAAUUCUCCAGAAUUCUCUCAAAUCCGCCAUGAGAAAAGCUUCAAUCUCCGUUCUUUCACAUCUCUCUCGUCACCGCUUCAAAUCCUUCACGUCUAUUCUCUCCAGAGACUUCAUUCCCGAUGCCUCCUCUUGCUCUUCAUCUUCAUCUCCAUCUUCUCUUCUCUCAUCGACCCAUCUUAAACCCUGCACAAAAACGCAUGGCUUAUUCUUCAAAACCAGACCAUUUCAAUCAAACCCAUCUCGGAAUAUCGACACCAUAGCCGAGAAAUCACCUCAGAACUUGUCCUCAAGGCAGAGAAAAGCCAAGGAAAAAGCUGACCUAGAAGAAGCUUUCGAGUCCGCCAAAACCCCCGACGAAAUGCUAAGGGCCUUCAAAGCCAUGGAAACUAUUUUCGAGGAAAAAGAGCUUGGCUUGGCUUCCUUGAAACUUGGCCUCAAACUUGACCAAGAAGAUGAAAACCCUGAAAAGAUUUUGUCUUUUGCUGACAGAGCCCUCAAAGCUUUGGAUAAGGACGGUAAGCCCUCUUUGCCCGUUGCCAUGGCUUUACAGUUAUUGGGUUCUGUUUAUUUGAGCUUAAAUAAGUAUAAUGAUAGUUUGGGAUACCUUAGUAGGGCUAAUAGGAUGUUGGGUAAGUUAGAGGAAGAGGGUCUUAGUUCCGAGGAUGUCGGACCAGUUCUUCAUGCGGUACUCUUAGUUAUGGCCAAUGUUAAGAUGGCUAUGGGAAGAAGAGAAGAGGCUAUUGAACAUCUUAGGAAGUGUUUGGAAAUUAAGGAGAAGACUUUGGGGGAAGGUAAUGUGGAACUGGGUCAAGCGAAUCGGGAUGUGGCGGAAGGGUAUGCGUCAGUCUUGAAUUUUAAGGAGGCGUUGCCUUUUUGUUUGAAGGCGUUGGAGUUGCAUAAGGAAGAGUUGGGGCAGAAUUCGGUGGAAGUUGCUCAUGAUAGGAGGCUUCUUGGGGUAAUUUAUACUGGCAUGGAGGAGCAUGAGAAGGCCUUGGAGCAAAACAGACAUUCGCGCAGAGUCUUGAAGAAUUGGUGUCUUAGUUCUGAUUUGGUUUUUGCUGAGAUUGAUGCUGCGAAUAUACAGAUUGCGUUGAAGAAAUACGAUGAGGCUAUAAAUACGUUGAGGGCCGUUGUUAAUCAGACAGAUAAGGAGAGCCAGACUAGGGCGUUGGUGUUUAUUGCAAUGGGAAAAGCGCUUUGUAGCCAGGAGAAAUUCGCAGAUGCAAAAAGAUGUCUGGAGAUUGCCAGUGGAAUCCUUGAGAAGAAGGAGAGGAGUUCCCCGUUGGAAGUUGCUGAUGCCUAUGCUGAAAUAUCAAUGCAAUAUGAGAAUAUGAACGAGUUUGAAACUGCUAUUUCGCUGUUAAAGAGAACGUUGACUCUACUCGAGAAGCUUCCACAGGAGCAGCACACGGAGGGAAGUGUUUCUGCCAGAUUAGGGUGGCUGCUUCUGUUGACUGGAAAGGUCCAACAGGCUAUUCCUUACUUGGAGGGUGCUGCUGAGAGGUUAAAAGAGAGCUUUGGUUCCAAACAUUUCGGAGUUGGGUAUAUCUACAACAACUUGGGGGCGGCAUAUUUGGAACUAGACAGACCUCAAUCGGCCGCACAGAUGUUUGCAGUUGCUAAGGACAUAAUGGAUGUCUCUCUUGGCCCUCACCAUGCAGAUUCAAUCGAAGCAUGUCACAACCUCGCAAAAGCGUACGGUGGCAUGGGAAGCUAUGAAUUAGCGAUCACAUUCCAGCAACAGGUGGUUGAUGCUUGGGAAAACCAUGGACCAAGCGCUAGAGAUGAACUGAGAGAAGCCCAAAGAAUGCUUGAACAAUUGAAGAAAAAAGCCCUUGGAGCUCAUUUAACUGAUGAGCUUCCUACAAAGGCCUUGCCCUUGCCCCAGUCUAGUGCAUCUGCCAGGAGAUCAUAACCUCAUGUUCCCAUUAUCAGAAGUGACCAAAAACAAUGUUUUUUUGACUUUGAAACAAGUUGAUCUACUAUAGUAGCAGUUUCUUUUUCCUUUAAAUGAACACCAAUACAGAGGUUUUUGGUA